GCCAGAGACGACCACCAGACUGACCAGUUGACCAGUGACGAUGACGGGGGCGCCAGUUCAGCCAGCCCAGCCAGCAGGAGCAAACAGAACAGGACAGGAACAGGUUAUUGACGGAGACGCAUGUGGUAGUGGCUGCUAGAAAGCUGUGUUCAAAGAAACGGAACCAAGUCGUGGGGUAAGUUUGGUAUAUUAUCUUCCCAUCCCACCACCAGAGUGUGAUUCCGUUUUUUUCUUUCUUUCAUCAGCAUCAACAGACACAACACACAAAUACAAAGUAUUUGCUUGCGACUUUGAAUAAACCACCACCACUUUACCACAAACAAACAAUCACCAAUCAAACCAAACCAAACCAAACCAAACCUACCAGUCAACAUGGGCGCCGUCGUCUCUUGCAUCCAGAGUGCUCUCCGCACCAUCGGCCGCACAAUCAUGGCCAUCAUCAACGGCAUCGGCAACAUCAUCAUGGCCAUCGUCAACGGCAUCAUCAACUUCCUCGGCAUCAUCGUCGGCUUCCUCACCUGCAACACCUGCGGCGGUCGCCGUCGCCACGGUGGCACCACCACCCGCAAGAGCAGAGGGUUUGGGAGGAGGAGACAUGGGACUACUGCUGCCAUUUAAGUCCCAUCAACACAACCACAGCUCAUGAUUGAUGGGAAAGGGGAAGAUUUCUUUUGUUAUCGAUGAAUGGGAUAUGAACUGGCGUUUUUUCUCUUUUGCAAAGCGACGGAGUGGAGGAUAAUGAAUAAAGAUACCCAAAUACCCAGACUGCGUUUCUUACGCGGGAGCAGUCAGGAGGGGAGGCGAGGAGGAGGGGAGGAGGAAGGGCAUUGCGGUUUGAUGGGGGUUACCUACUAGAUAA